CGCCGCGGUCGCGGCUCGGCGGCGCAGCAUGAGCGCGGGGCCGGCCCGGGAAGAUGUACGUGGGAUAUCUUGUGGAUAAGGACACCAACAUGUAUCCCAGCCCGGUCCGGCACCCCAGCCUCAACCUCAACCCCCAGAGCUACGUGCCGGGGCCGCCGCAGUACUCGGACUUCGCCAGCUACCACCAUGUGCCGGGCAUUAACAACGACCUGCACCACGGGCAGCCCGCGGCCGCCUGGGGCUCUCCCUACACCCCUGCCAAGGACGACUGGCAUUCCUAUGGCACCGCUGCGACGCCCGCCACCGCCAGCCCGGGCCAGUUCGGAUUCAGCCCCCCAGAUUUUAAUCCCAUUCAGCCUCCGGGCUCUGGACUCCUGCCUCCCCCCAUCAGCAGCUCGGUGCCCCAGCUCUCCCCGAACGGCCAGAGACGCACCCCGUAUGAGUGGAUGAGGCGCAGCAUUCCCAGCACCAGCAACAACGGCAAGACCAGGACAAAAGACAAGUACCGGGUGGUGUACACGGACCACCAGCGCCUGGAGCUGGAGAAGGAGUUCCACUACAGCCGCUACAUCACCAUCCGCCGCAAGGCCGAGCUGGCCGCGGCGCUGGGGCUCACCGAGCGGCAGGUGAAAAUCUGGUUUCAGAAUCGGAGGGCGAAGGAGAGGAAGGUGAACAAGAAGAAGCUGCAGCAGCAGAGCCAGCCCACCAGCACCACCACGCCGACCCCACCAGCUGUCAGCACCCUGGGACCCAUUGGAGGCCUCUGCAGCAGCAAUGCCCCCAGCCUCGUCUCCUCAUCUCCGCUGACAAUCAAGGAAGAAUUCAUGCCUUAACCCUCUUCAUCAGCUACAGACCCCAAGAGAAAAGCACUAUGCAGCAGAGC